AUGGGAAGCUACAACUCUGAUGGAUUCUACGCUUUUUCUCCAGUAACUGCCAACGACCGUGCUGGUAUACUUUAUGUCGCGACGAUCUUGAGUCUUCUUUUCUCUGUCAUUACACUACUUGUCCGUUGGCACAUUCAAAGACGUACGUUUGGACUCGACUUUUGGGUCAUUGUCGCUGCUACGAUUGUCGGCUUAGGUCAAUAUGCAGCUGUCUUUGUAGGGCUGGACAACUAUGCUUUGGGAAAGGCCGUCUCUCUCAUGUCAGAGAGUGAUCAGCUUAAUGCAGCUAGGUCUGCUAUCGCUAGUAUCUGUCUCUUCAUCAUUGCCAAUGCUCUCUCGAAAUGUUCAGUCAUCUUCUUCAUGAAGCGACUGUUCUCUACGGACAACAGAACUGCUCGAAUUCUUUGCAACUCAUUACUCGGCUUGGUCGCUGUCUGGACACUGGCCUCCAUCUUGGCUCUUACCAUUACUUGUGGUCCAUCUACAAAGUUCGCGCUCCAGGAUCGAUGCAGCGGACAGAUUACGCGGUGGAGUCUUGUUGCAACGUUUGACUCGCUGUUUGAGAUAGCAAUUUUCCUUCUCUCCAUCGUUCUCGUGGUGCCGCUGCAAAUGACAAGAGAGAUCAAGCUCUCAGUCGUCUUUGCCUUUUCAUUCCGUCUAAUUGUCGCCAUGUUCGCUAUCAUUCAUGUCUACUACGUUUCACAAUGGUCGGAUUCUUCCGACCCCGGUAUCGCAACUGUCUACUCCCUCCUUUGGCAACAAGUCGAACUCGGUUAUGCACUUAUGGCCGCCACGAUCCCUACCCUACGAUCCUUCGUCCGCGCCUACGAGAAGGCCAUGGGCUGGGAAUCAUCCUACUACAUCCGCAAUACAAACACACGCACAGCAAACUCCACCUACCAACUCAGCACGAUGAACAAAUCUCGUCAUGAAGAGGAAGGUGUUUUUGGCUUGCAGAGAGAGACGACUUGCGACAAACACCCUUUACGACCGGAUAGACCGAACUACAAGGCCCAAAUCUAUGGACCUGGAUUGAACGAUCUUCCAGAGAACAUGCCCAGGAGGACCAAGAGCAACAGCAGUGGUGGUAGUGAGGAACCGAUUAUCCGCAAGGAUGUUGAGAUUCAAGUCAGCUCUGAAGCUGCACAUUAG